UGGCGUCCGUGGCGGCGGACUUACAGCACACACCGAGCUGAGCUGGGGCAGCCGAGCCGAAGCGGAUUAUCGCCAGCUGCUGGUCUGGCAGUUCGCGUUCAACACUCACACGGUGGAGACGGUGAAUCGUUGUUGCUUGUGUUGUUUGUUUGUUACCUACUGUGCCCGUUCGGCCUAAGGCAGGCUAAACAAGUUACACAUAGGUCUAUUCCGAGUCGACGGCACGUUUCGCGGGUGGAAAUCCUCCUCGCUUGGUGGAAAACGUGGGUGAAUCGAUCGGAUGUGGUCAAACGCGCGCUUUCCCUACUGAACUGGCGGUUUUGUGGUGAGAGUAACAUUUCAAAAGGUCGUGCGUUGUUUUCGCUAUGGUUGUGUAACGGAUAAAAGGUCAAAAAACAAAACGUCGGAAGUUCGAAGGGUCGAAGUAUCAAAGGCCGAAAAUCAAUCAUUGUAAUUCUCGUUUUUGUUCUUGUUUUGAGUUUCCUAUUUGUUGCAUUCAUCUUUUUUCCUCGCUGUUAUAGAUUUGUUACGUGUUAGUGAAUUGAAUUGUGGAUUGAAAACUAUCAAACUUGUUCUGAUAACAGCAGUUAAAGUUUUCUCAGUAUCACAGCAGACUACCAUAAACAAAGGCGAAUCAACCAAAUUCACCGGAUCACACACACGACCUUCUGAAUUGUUAGACCUCUCACAUGGCCACCACCCACUACCGCUCGACACGCGGAGAUCGCCGAUAGUUCUCUCUCAUCAAACCAAUUCGAGACGAAACGGUGGUGAUUGGGAGAGCGUGAAAAGCAGUUUUCCUAAAGCUUCAGCUUUUCUCCAUCAUUUUGCUGCUCGGUUACUUUUACGCCCGCGUGGAUGUGUGAUUGCACAGCUUUGAGUGUUGUUUUCAUUUGCUUUUGCUUGGAUUGUUGGCGCGUUUUCUGGUCCGAAACGCAUGGGGAAUGUGCCUCAAACUCGAGUUGUUUAUAGUUGCCCAUAUCUUUUAAACAUGGAGUACCUUUGUACGAGAAAGAGUGCGUUGAAUUGAAACAACUGUGUGCCUGCCGCCGCCGGUGAUCAGAGGAACAAGUGCGAAUAGUGAAAAUUUCGUGGUGGUCAACCAGCAGCGUUGUGAAAUCACCGUUUUGGGGGCUUAUAAUUUCCUAGUAGCACCGAGUAGAGCAACCGAAAACAGCAAUUCCAAUGUGGGCAUAUGCUAAUCGUUUUGAAAUUCAUGAAUAGGGUUUCAGUCGGUUCGAAAAGUAGAAAUCGAAAGUGAGGGAAAUUUCCCAGAAAAUUUUUCGCACGAAGACAAGUUUGCGAAAACGGUCAAAUUUCGCAUCCAGUUUGCUGCUAAAAAUUGAUCAGACCGCCGAUCAACGAGAGAGUGAGAGAAGAAAAACCGCUGAUUGACAUCUGAAUAGAAGCAGAGAAAACAAGCGAACGAAAUUGGUGAUUGAGUUAGGUGAACAUCUAAUUUGCAAAAACAAGGGAUUACGACAGCUUGCAGUGAGAUUCGAACGAGUACAGUUUCCAAAGCUGAAUUACCUCUUUGAAGUUCAUGAACAUUUCAAAAUACACAAAGUGCUGAGGCACGUCAGCUUGAAAAAGCAAACAGUGCGCAAUAAUGCAAACAUUCCAAACUAGCAAGCAAACGAAAUAAAAAAAUCGUUUGAGUGUAAGCUUCAAACCUGUCCUGUCCACCUAGUGGGAGCUGAAAUCAAAACAAAAAACUGUUCGCUAAAUCAAACAAGCGACGAACCCGUUAAACUAGGAAGUCCCCCAGCCGCACACGAUGCCCGCCUAUGCCGGAUUCGAUAGCUUUGCGUCUUCGCGCAGGACCGCCGAAUCGAUCUACUACUCGGCGAAGGAGUUCGACUCGGCCGACGAGUCGGACUGCAUGCGGCCGCCGAUGAUGCACCACCCGAUGCACUCGAUUUCGCGCCGGCCAAGCCUGAUGGAAUCGCUCGGGCCGGCCGAUGCCAUCUUCAGCCGGCGGUACGUCGAUCCGUGGGACAUGGAGAACUACGUGUACAUUCGGAAACAAGUGCUGGACCCCACCUCGGAAUCGGAGGUGCCUCCGUCGCCAGCCGGGGAGCCCAUCCAGUCCAAGUUCUACUACGUCCCGGGCGAUAUGGAAAGCUGCCGUGAGUGCAGUGCCGAGAUAGUGAGCCCCGCUGCCAAAGCGGAUCUACUCGAUGAUGAAGAGGACGAUCUCCUCGGGGACGACGACGACGACGACGGCAUCGAGGAUGACGAUCUGGAAGUGGACGAACUGGACGUGGUCGAUGACGAUGGGUUCUACACCGAGCGGUACGACACGGUCAUGGAGGAGGACAGCAUCGGGGGAGACGAUGAGCAUGUCUACAGCACUUAUACCGACCUGGAAACAUCAUCAACCGAACAUCAUAGCUCGUGCGACAGUUCCAUGUCCGCUCUGCGGCUGCACACCCCAGGCUUCGGCAAAAGUGCUACCAACCGGCGCCCAAUCGUCCUACCAAAGCCCCUACCCCAGCUUGAAUUCCCAGGUCCCCCGUCCUACGAUUAUUAUGAACCCAGCUGCUGCUACCUGGCAGCUCUACCCCCUCCAAUCCCUCCCCAUCACAGCCACCCUGCUAUCCCACUCCUGGAACAGCCAAGUCUUGCGGCGGGCAGCGGAAACUACUACUCGUUGAACGACUGCCUGGAAUGCGUCCGCCAAGAGGUCGAACAUGUGCCCCUGUACGCCGCCAGCCGCACCAGUCCGAUGCGUCGACGCUCCCGCAGCGCCAGCGUCAUCUCCGUGAGCAUGGUCAGACGACCGAGCCAGAUUGGCAUCCCGGCUGCGGUGGUAGAUCCCUCCACCGCCGUGUCGAUCGCAGCUACCAACGCUAAUGUAUGUUACACACCGCAACAUUUCAGUCUUAGCAAGAAGGGCCUAUUGCAGAUCGACUACUCCUGCAACUGGGACAACCUGGACCGGUACAUUGCGAAAUGAACGCGGCAUGCCAGAGCGCUUUCCCCUUCUUUGAUUGCUUCAUCACAUCACAUCUUCUCCCCGUCGAAAGAAAGAAAAAUGCUCAAUUUAUUUACUAGCCAAAUAAAUACUGAGAUAAUCAUGCUUCACACCCCCAAAACCCAAGUUUCCCAUCCCAAAACCCACUUUUUGUUUUCUCUAGAUUAAGAAAGAGUGUAUUUAUAGAACAAGUUGUAUUGUGCUGAUUAAUAAGAAUUGUUACAGAAGAGGUACUAUGUGUAAAUAAUAUGCGAACAGGAGCCCCCUAAAAGGUUAAGCAAAUGCAAUAUGAGUUGUUCACUGGAAGAAUAUUUAAUUACAUGAAUAAAGAAACGUAAAACCAAAA